AUGUUGUCUACAGACACAUCAGAAGUGCCACCUUUGGUUGGAAGACAGUCUUUGAAUGCCCCAGAAUCCUCAUCACGUUCGAGACGGAAGGCAGUAACUAGGAAGUCAAACGGACGUGUAGGUGGAGAAGGAGGAGUUGGAGGUGGUGGUGGUUGUGAAAAAAAGUCCUAUCGAAGCAGUCAUCUCAGCAGGCGUCAUCCUCGAUCACCAACACCACGUUGGAAUCAAUCACCUUCUACAUCUCGAAGAUCUCAUCUUUCUGAAGUUGGGAUCUAUUUAUCUUUGACGACACCUGUUAAUCCGCUGGAACCGGUUUCGAAUGCGUCCACUGAUGUUGGUGCGAAACAGUGUCGAUCAUUAGUUGGUGUCUUCUAA